AUGCACGCCUUCCAGAGCCUUUGCUACCUCCUCCUGGCCGUCAGCGCAGCGGCAGCACCCCUCAACGACGCCCUCAACCAGAGUGAGACGCCCGCUCUCGAAGUCCGCGACAAGACGCUCGUCUGCAAGAACACGGGCGGCAACAUCGAAAUCAGCCAGAACAAGGCCGAAGGCAACAUCCACGCGGCGCCGGCGACCAAGGGCGGCACCAAGAGCGGCUACCCGCACGAGUACAAGAACCUGGCCGACGGCGACAAGAAGAACAUCGUCUGGCCGAACAAGAACUGCAACGCCAAGGACGUCACGCUGCUCGAGUUCCCCGUCUUCAAGGACGGCCACCUGUUCGAGUACGACCAGAAGAAGCCGGCCGACAAGACCAAGAUCGGCCCCGUGCGCGGCGUCUUCACGUACCCGCACAAGGACUUCUGUGGCGUCAUGGCGCACACGGAGAAGGACAACAAGGGGAACUUUGCUCUCUGCCAGUGA